AUGUAUGUUUUCAGCAGGCGGAGCGAUGAGCGAGCGGAGCCGGUAUUAACCUCCAGCCUCGCAAGACCGUCUCACCCUGUCCCUGAGCCUGCCACUGGAUCGGCCGCCCUGAGGCUGAAGACCAAGCACGACGACGCGGGGCUCCCCGUGUACGCCCACAUCCGUCCCAGGAACUUGGAGACCAUCCCCAGGUCCAGCACCAACCCCAGGAACCGAAAGGUGCGCGCCCUGGCCUUUAACCACAAGAACCAGGAGCUGGGCGCGGUGUCCCUAGACGGCUACUUCCACCUGUGGAAAGCCCGGGGCGCGCUGUCCCGGCUGCUGUCCAUCAAGCUGCCCUACUGCAGAGAGAACGUGUGCCUGACCUACUGCGAGGAGCUGUCCCUCUACGCCGUGGGCUCGCAGUCCCACGUCUCCUUUCUGGAUCUGCGCCAAGGUCACCAGAACCUUCGGCCCAUGUGCUCCCGAGAGGGCGGCACCGGCGUGCGCUCGCUCAGCUUCUACCAGCACAUGGUCACCGUGGGCACGGGCCACGGCUCCCUGCUCUUCUAUGACGUCCGCGCGCAGAAGUUCCUGGAGGAGAGGGCCUCGGCCGGCCCCGACUGCUCCCCGGGGCCCACCGGGAGGAAGCUGCGGCUCACCUGCGGCAGGGGCUGGCUCAGCCACGACGACCUGUGGGUCAACUACUUCGGGGGCUGGGACGAGCUCCCCAACGCGCUCUACACCCACUGCUACAACUGGCCCGAGAUGAAGCUCUUCGUGGCUGGGGGGCCCCUCCCUUCGGGCCUCCACGGCAACUACGCGGGCCUCUGGAGCUAAGGGUGCCCACUGCCUUCUCCAAGUGCCCAGAUGCUUUCUGUAGCCCCCUCUCGGUUUCCUCCUGCACCGUGUGUUUGUGCUCUUAGCUCUGUGUGGCUUUAGUCAUCCAGGUGGAACUGCCCAACUUUCCCCCACUUGGUGUAUUAAGCAGAGAGGGGCGGGGGAGAGGGAGAGAGAGUUGUCCUUCAGGCAAUCAAAACUUGGCUUUAAUACUUUUCUACGACUCUUUAACACCAUCUCUUUUGAUUCUCAUAGCAAGAUUUUUGGCUCAUUCUUACCUGUGUCCUCUCUUUGAGUCAUUUAUAUAUUCUCUCUAACGCCAUGUAGUCAUGGUUUUACAACUCUGUAUAUUUUCUUUUUUGUUAUCACUACUUCAUUAAUACUGUUUUUAGUUUUUUUUUUUCAUUUCAGAUACAUGGUAUAUUAAGAACAUUUUUAACCGGGUUUGUACAUCUGUUCUGGAAAGCUAGCCAUAGUUUUAUAGCAUUGUUCCAAUUGGAAACUACAUUCCAAGUCCUAGAUUAUCAACUUUUGGAGACAUUCCAUUUGCAAAUUGUAGUCUGAGUGUUUAUAGUUUGUAAGUUGUUGGUACUAAAUGUGCUUUUUUAAAAAGUUUAUUCUCUUUGGGAAGAAAAAAAAAAAAA